AUGAGGCGAUCACUUCCUUUGACAGUCAGCGAGGUAUAUCUUGAAACUCCAACUCCAUCACUUUUACCUGUUUCAAGUUGUCUGUUUUUCUUUUCUUCCCCCCCCCCCCCCCCCCGUUAUUAUUUCCUUUUGCGGCUAUUUUACCAAUUGCUGUUCUCAUCAAGUUUCAUGUUUGAGCCUUUUAACCAGCGGCAGUUUGACAAGUAUCAGCCCUUGGUGCCUUGUUCCCCUGAUCUGCCACGAGCAAGCGCGCCUGCAACUUAUACUGGAUCUUCAAAUUGGACGCCAUGA